GAAUAAGUGCGUAGUCACAGUUACAGAUAAAUAACAUUGCGUUGUCUAUUUCGUUAAAAAAGUUUUAAUUACUUGCGCGUUUUGAAGGAAAUUAAAAAAACAAGUUUUAUGCUAAGAGGAACAUAACAAUAAAUUUUAAGAUUUGUGACACCUCUAAAGAAGUUAUUAUUAUUUUCUGGAAAGAUGGUUACCUGCCGACCGAGAAGAAAUGUUUCUAUGGUUAAAGGCCUUGGCAUUAUUCAAAUGGCCAAUGGUAUUGUAAUCCUAAUUCUUGGAAGCAGUGCAAGUUUCAAAUUCAGAGAAGAAGUUUGGAUAAACGAAAAGAGUGUGAUUUCUAUAGGCUUGUUACGAAUAUGUAUAGCAGGAGUAUUUGGUUCGCUGUUUACGUUGAAACCCAACAUCGGUGGUUUAAAUUGCACACAUAUGGUAUUUUGCUUGUUAUCCACUUGCAUCGCGGUCCUGAAUUGGAUUACGUUUGCGAUUGGUUUGAGGUUUUACAACGAAUGUCGUGAAAACAUUCUUCGUAAUGACGACAAAUAUGCUUUACAAGACGGUGACCUAUGGAUUUGUUCAGUUGGUGCUCGGAUAUAUGCAUGUCUUGUCACAGCUAUUACAGCGGAAUUGGUCGUUAACUUAAUUGUCACACUGUACUGCUCUCAAGCAUUGGAUGGUUUUUGUAGACGAGCAGGACUGGCAUUUUCUGAACAUCCCCAUUCCGAUAAGAUGCACACACCGAGUUUGACUUACACUGCAACAUCUCACAGUGCAACAAAUUUAGCUACAGAAGAAAAUUUCAGUGGGUCGCAACAGCAACAAUUCAAAGAAGCUUCGAUGAUGGAGAAUUUUUCUGGACCAUAUACUUCACAAUAUUUAUCUGGAAAUUACUAAAGUUGAUUGCCAUUAUCACAUGAAUUUGUCGGAUUAAUUUUUGUAUUCGUUACCCUGCAUUCGUUACUGGAAAGUCUUUAGUAAAUAUUAGACUGCAAGAGAAAUCUUCAAAAAGUUCACAUUAAUGUUCGUAUGGUAUGUCCUGGUUAGCAAUGCAUAUUUUAAUUAUUAGGGAUUACUGUUGUUAUUAGCUGUGGAACACACAGCUUCUAGUUUCGGCUGAAAGCUCGCACAAAAUCCUGAUCUUCUGGGGUUUAAGCGAGUAAAAUUGACUUUUAAUCUGCCAUUUUAAAAGUUCCAUAGCUCAGCAGGUUUGGAAAAUAUCUCAUUUUUUAUCUUUUUGUCUUGUAAAUAGUUUGUAUGUUUUUUAUACUUCUAUAUGCUAAUAAAAAUACCAUUACAUCCAUGUAAA